UGAUUUGGAAAACCCUCCAAGUAACUGCUGGGACAUACAUAUUCUCUGGACAAAUUGCAGUUAAAUAUUAUAAUAUUCCUACAAGAAUGCACUGUGAUUUGCCAUUUAAUGGUAAAGAUCACUUGUCUGCUAAUUAUAUUAGCGGAUGGAGGUAGUAAAACAGAAAUACAAGAGUUAUGAGGAGCUUAAGAAGGACCUAGAGAGUUUAGAGAUGAACAUUAAAACUGACCGUGAGACGAUCCUAGAACUGACCGGAAUGCUGAACUCUACUUCUAUUGACAACACGGAGAGGAUUGAUGUCAUGGAGAACUUACUGGACUACAUGCAUCAGAUUGAUAAUGCUAUCCUAUUUUGUGACAUUGGUGGUAUGAAAAUGGUUAUAAAGAGCCUCAAUGACUCUGAUGAGAACGUCAGGUCCAUCUCGGCGUCACUCUUGGCAUCAUCUCUUCAGAAUAACCCUAAAGUGAAAAUAUACUGUAUUGAGGCUGGUCUUCUCCAACAUUUUGUGCGUGCACUUUCAACGGAAGCGGAAGUCUCCGUUAAGAGGAAGCUUUUAUUUGCACUGUCGGCAAUGGUUCGAAACUUUCCGUACGCUCAAACGAAGUUCGGCAAUCUCGGCGGGUUCAGUGUCCUGGCGAAGUUAUUUUCAGAGCAAGGGCCGGCGGAAGAUGUGAUGAAACUUACCGAGAGGGCGCUGUCUCUGGUUGUAGAUCUGAUGGAAGAGCACGAGUCAGUAACCAAGGACAACAGAGAGCAUUCAUCCAAGGAGAUGUUAAGACAGUAUGAUGAGUUUCCUCUGCAGGAUCACCUGGUACAAAAUGGAUUCUGUGGAAUCGUGUGUGAUCUCUUGGAUAACAUUCCACCGCGAGAGUUUGAGAGCACCGUGGAAAUUAUUCUGAAAGCUGCCUUGAAAUUAAAGGACUCAUGUUUGCAGCAUUUCAAAGAUCAUGCUGGAAAAAUAAAAUUUCUCCGAGAUAACUUAAUACAUCUUUACCACCAAGACACUGAAUUAGAAUUUUACAAAGAUUGGUCUGAAAUUGCAAAUAAAUUGUUUCAUUUUCUGAUGAUGAAGGACGAACUCUGACCAAAACUAAACAGAAAGACUGGAAUGAAAGAAUCAGUUCUUGACAUGUGCACAGUUUUGAUCUUUGUGUUUAGCUAGGAUGAAGGCCAAGUGGUGUGGAACAUAAAAAUAUGAGUGUUGGUGUUCAGGGAUAUAGAUGUGAAGUGAGUAAAUUUAACGAAUUCCGUUGUUGAACGAUAAAGAAAAA